AUGCUGAAUGACGAAGCCCAAUGUAGUGACGGUGUUUGCUGUAGUAACUGCCAGGUAAGGAAUGAAUAUCCUGUUGUAUGCACUGAUUAUAAUUAGGUAUGAAGAAUCUUGUAUUAGAAAAGGAAUAAUAUGGCAUGAAACUUGUGCAAAGAGCGAUCUUAACUUGUAUCAGGUCUUUGAUUUAUAGCCGCGUAGUAUAGCUAACCAAGCGGACCUGUAAACAUAGUUGAUUAUUACUCAUUAUUAUUAUUAUAUUAUUCUUAACUUUAAAGCAACGUUUUGGUUUUGACUCCAGACUAACUGUAAAAUGGCCGUCUUCAAAUUUGGUUAAUCGAUUGAUAUUUUUUUUCAGUUUAUCUCGAGAGGUGCAGUUUGUCGUGAAGCUGUAAACUCGUGCGAUGUUCCGGAGUAUUGUAAUGGAGCCAGUGAAGUGGUGUGUGUUAUAAUGUAUUUUGAUAGUUUAUGCGGGAUAGUCAAGAAAAGUUUAACAGAUAUGAUUUUAGAACGAACCGGAAUAGACAUUUUUUUCUAAUGACGUCAAAAGCGGCUAAACACGUCUGCUCCCGCUGUCCCCUAAAUACAACGUUGAACGACAAUUUGCAAUGCCGAGCCAAUCAAUUAUAUCAUUUGCAAUUGCGAUAUUGUCCUGUGUAACAUCGCAUUAUAUGUUUGUUCGCGCUUCAUGUCAGUAGGCUGUCCUCAGUAUGGCACUCGCGCGAGUGACUUCGUCGCUCGCGCUCGCAGCUCGCGUUUCGUUCGAGGCCGACUUGUGGCAAGUCUAUAUGGCAUAUAGCGACAGUAACUGUCAUUUGGUGAAAAAUGAAAUUAGUUUCAUAUCUGAAUGCCCCAAUCACUGGCAGCCACCGAGAAUUGAACCCCAGGGGGGAACCCCAGCGCUAACCCUUGGUUAAAAUUUAACUCGCUGUUUUGGUUUGAACAUUUGUGCACGUCUGAUUAUUUCAAAAUUUCAGAGAAGUAAACGUCUAUCAAUACAGACAAGAUUUCUGAAGAGACAUUCCGUAUUUAUAAACAAGCCGUUAAGAAGUUUCUUUGAAUUUCAGCUAACCUAGGGUUAAGGUAAAUGGCCCAACAUACCAGCAUUAAGUUUCUAUUCUUUGUGAUAUUUCAGUGUCCUGCUGAUCUGGUAACGGUGAAUGGCAUAUCCUGUGAUAAUAAUCAGGUCGGAAACACAGCUUAUAUCCUUUGUCUUGCCUAAGUUAGACCUUUAUAUAUUGAUGCAUGCGUUACGGGGCACCAGAUGGUGUAACUGUUAUUUUCAAUUACCUAUAACUUUUGUAUUUUUUUCUUCUCUAGGGAUAUUGUCGCGAAGGAGAAUGUAGAGCUCAAGAUGACCAAUGUGAUGAACUGUGGAGCGGCGGUAUAUAUCUGGUUUAGUUUUCUAACAUUAGAUUCUUUUUAAACUUCGUAAUCGGUGGGCAUGAACAAUCGUGGGAUUUUCAAAACAACAGUACGAUCUCUGGAUCGUGACUGGUUGACACUACUGUUAUGCCAGGUUUUAUGAUGAUCUUGUUGUUUGUCUUCAAAAUUUUGUUGUGCACUUGCAUCUAGGUGCUUUCAAAGCGAAUGAUUCUUGUUACCAACAUGUAAACACACGUGGUGAUCAACAUGGUUACUGCAAAAAACUUAACGAAACUACAUAUAUGGCUUGCCAACCUAAGUAAGUUGCUAUACUGUUGAAUCCACCGCUUAAGGAGAGGGGUGCGGGAUGGGAAAAAUACUACUCUUUGGAAGAUUGUGAAAAUGUUGGUAAUUAUAGAUGACAUCAAAGCUAUUUGUAUAACCGUUCCCAUGACAUAUUCAGAACACUGUAAUAUUUUCAGGGACGUUCAGUGUGGCAAAUUAAUGUGUGUUGGUAACAGCACGAUAACACCAAAGAAUCUUGGUUAUGGUUGGAGAAGUAGUACUGUUAAUUUACUUAUAAACGGUGUAUUAAUUACUUGUCGGUAAGUUCAAAAAUGUUUAUUUACAAGUAACUGUCGAAAUUCAUGUAAGCGAACACUCUCAGGACUGAAUGUCGGCUUACGGGAGGUUUCCCCUUAUGAGAGGUUCGUCAAUAUCUCAUGUUGUUAACCUUCAAUUGAUCCACCCAAAGUAUUUAAACACAGCAUCUGAUUAAUAGUAAUACAAUAUAUGCUGUACACUUACAGGUCUGCAAUGAUCUUUCAGGAAGAGGGUUUACCAGAAUUGGGUACCGUCUUAGAUGGGACAAAAUGUGGAAACGAAAUGGUUAGCAUCUCCUUUCUAAAAAGAUAGUGGAUUUCAAUUCAAUGCAUGUUACCAAGCAGUGGACACACAAAAAAGCCAGAAAAUUAAUUAAUCAAAUCGCCCUUUUCUAUCCAUUCGAAAAUAAAUUCAAGACUAGUGAGCAUAUUGAAAAUAAUUAAAAUUAUUGUCUCACUGUAAGAGCUGUAAAUUCACCAUCAACUGCUGCACGAAAGUGCGUAGGGAAGCAGACGUACAUAUUGUCAUUUCUGAACAGCAUCCACUUUACUUGUUGGCAUUUCUAUUCAGGUUUGUCAAAACAAUACGUGUGUGUCACUUUCAGUUGCCAAUGCUGGACAACCAACAUGUGCGAAUGACUGCAGCGGAAAUGGGGUAAGUUUUUUAAACAUUAUCUUAUCUCCCUGAUGGUGGGAAUAGGUUAUUUGACUCUCAUGUUCACUUUCAACAGGUCUGUAAUGAGAACGGCAACUGUCACUGUACUCCAGGAUGGAAAUGUCCAGAUUGUUCGCAAGCGUACGAUGGUCCAGGUGGAAGCAUCGACAGUGGUCUCAAUUGUGAGGCUGUUAAUGCAACAACAGCGGCAACAACAACCCCAGCAACAACAACUGAAGCAGAAACAACAACUGAAGAAACAACAACUGAAGCAGAACCAACAACUGAAGAAACAACAACUGAAGCAACAACAACUGAAGCAACAACAACUGAAGUAAUAACAACUGAAGCAACGACAACUCAAGCUCCAGGUAUGUUUUCGAUCAUCACAUAUUCUUUUUAUUUCUAUAUCUUCUUUGCAGAUAUUGAUAAAUGUUUCAACAUAUGUCAUACCAAUGCUACCUGUAAUGUCUACAUGGCUUUUUUUGACUGUGAAUGUAAUGUUGGAUAA